AUGGCAGAUAUACAGACCGAGGAAGGCAUUCGUGCAGCAGAGGUCGAGGCUGGAGCCGAAUUGCCAGCUCCAGAAGCACCUCCAGAAAAUUCAGAAUCCAAGGCUUCCUCAGACGUGGAGUCCAAUGGAGCCAGCACAAACGGAACCAGUCUACUGGCUGAAGACCUAAAAGCCCAAUUGGAACAGACACAAAAGGAAAGAGAUGAUGCCAAGCACCAGCUAGAGGGCAUUAUUGGCAAGCUUUCUGGGAUGAAAACAAUGUUUCAGAACUACAAGGCUGUACAGGGUGAGCUUGAUGAGCUCAAGGAGCAAAGCACCAAAUGGGAUGAGGCCAAGGAGCAGCUUGAAACAGAGAAUAAAAAGCUCGAAGAGUCGUUGAAGACCUUGAAAGAAGAGCUCUCGAACCUUAAUGGAGAGUGUGAUAGGCUCAGUACUCAGGAUAGCGAUUUACGAAGAGAGCUACAGGCCAAGGACCAGGAGCUCCAGGACGAGAAAUACCGUCUAGAAAUGGAGCUCAGACUGGCGCAAAAGUCGGCGUCUGGGCAAAAAUCGGAGUAUUCCGAGCUCAAGUUGGCGAAAGAGGAACUCGAUAUGGAGAACAGAAACCUCCGUUCGAUCAUCGACGAGUUGAAAACAAAGCUCGCCGACAAGGAGGAGGACAUUCAGAAAAAUGACAAAAGAGUAGAGGAAUUGAAGGCUGAUAAUGAGAAGACGGAGGAGGCCCUUCGAGCGGAGGUGGCAGAGCUCAAAACGGAAGUUGAAAAGCAUAAGAAGGCAACAGACACAGAAAAGGCUGCAAACGAUAAGCUACAGGAGCAGCUAGACCAGACGAAGAAAGAGUUACAGCUGGCAACAAGCGAGGCAUCGGAGGUGCUGACCCUUAAAGAAGAGAUUCACAGCAAAUCAAUCAUCAUCGGCAAACUCAGGCACGAGGCGAUCAUUCUCAACGAGCACCUCACAAAGUCGCUCGGCAUGCUUAAGCAACAGCUGAAUAACGACGACAACACCAUAGACAGAGAGCUCAUCUCUAACGUGAUUCUCAAUUUCCUUCAGAUCCCAAGAGGCGACGCCAAGAAGUUUGAGGCAUUGCAGCUUAUCAGUGUUCUUCUAGAAUGGGACGAGCACCGUAAGGUGCAAGCUGGGCUUUCCAGUGGCUCUCACAAGAACAAGGAAGGGGAGAGCAGGACGAGGAACUUUGUAUCCCUAUGGACGGACUUUUUGGAAAAAGAAUCGACCAAGGGAAACUCGGGUAAAUAA